GCGACCCUCUGCUCUUUGUCGGAGUUUCAUACAACUUCAGUUACCACGACAACGUCUGGUUCAGGAAGUUGAUUACAGAAACUUCUUCCAUUUUCCCUUCGCUAGCUUCUCGUUGGCUGACUUCGGACUUCAUAAAGUCGUCACCAUGAACGCAACAGGACCACAGGCUGCCUUCUAUGGCGCUUCUGUGCCCGCCGUGGGAUAUCCCGAGGGCAUGACGAUUGUGGACUUCGUGCCUGAUGAGGUCAAGCACAUGGUCCUCCAGCACUGGUACUCCUUCCCCCCUGUCAACCCCAUGUGGCACUACCUCCUGGGUAUGAUCUACAUCAUCCUUGGGUUCUUCUCCAUCAUGGGCAAUGGCAUGGUCAUCUACCUCUACAUGAACGCCAAGAACCUCAAGACCCCCUCCAACAUGUUGGUGGUGAACCUUGCUCUUUCUGACCUGAUCAUGUUGACCACCAACUUCCCUCCCUUCGCCUUCAACUGCUUCAGCGGUGGCAGGUGGAUGUUCAGCGCCACCUACUGUGGAGUCUAUGCUGCUCUUGGUGCUAUCACCGGUGUGUGCAGCAUCUGGACGCUCUGCAUGAUCUCCUACGACAGGUUCAAUGUCAUCUGCAACGGCUUCAACGGCCCCAAGCUGACCCAGGGUAAGGCCAUGGCAAUGUGCGCCUUCUGUUGGCUCAUGGCCAUCGGCUGGGCCCUUCCCCCCUUCUUCGGAUGGGGAGCCUACACCCUGGAGGGCAUCCUGGACUCCUGCAGCUACGACUACCUCACCCAGGAUCUCAACACCAUCACCUACAACAUGUGCAUCUUCUUCUUUGACUUCAUCUUCCCCGCUGCUGUCAUCGUCUUCUCUUAUGUCUUCAUCGUUAAGGCUAUCUUCGCCCACGAGGCUGCCAUGCGCGAGCAGGCCAAGAAGAUGAACGUCACCAACCUCCGCUCCAACGAGGCUGAGGCCCAGAGCGCUGAGAUCCGCAUUGCCAAGACCGCCAUCGCCAACGUGUCUCUGUGGUUCAUCUGCUGGACUCCCUAUGCCGCCAUCACCGUCCAGGGUGUGCUUGGUCACCACGACGGCAUCACCCCCCUGGUCACCACCCUGCCCGCCCUGCUGGCCAAGUCCUGCUCUUGCUACAACCCCUUCGUCUAUGCCAUCAGCCACCCCAAGUUCCGCCAGGCCAUCACUGUGCACAUGCCCUGGUUCUGCGUCCAUGAGCCUGAGACCAAGACCUCCGACAACCAGUCCAACACCACUGUUACCAACGAGAAGGCGUGAAGGACUCCUGCUGAAGACUGCAAGGCCUAGGAGGUGAGAGCCUCAUGGCGCCGGCGUCUGCUUCAGGGCACCCUUCCAUCUGUUAAACGACCACGCGAACUGAUCUUCCUCCUCGUAGCUUCCCUUGUAAGUGUUAGAGGCCUCGACUAUAAAAAAAAAAUAUAAAAAAAUGUGUGGAAUUCAUAACCUUUGUAAAAUUCUAUCAUUCAUGACUACAAGGGAAAAUAUUUGUCUUACCUCAUUUCAGGACACUAAAAUUAAACUUGAAAUUAUA